AUGGCGGAUUGCACGCAAGCCAUGAAACAGCAUCCAGCGUCCAGCGCUGGACAGGCAGCGUCUCGAAGCAAAGGCUCGGGUGGGCAGAUGGAUCCGGGCAUGAUUGUCUUGGGGUUGCCUGCUAUUCGCGACUCGUUGCCGUUGCUCGACUCCUCCCGUGACACUCCACGUGCGGCGUGGCGGCCUCUUGUGGCCGUGCUUGCUUCACGCGUGUCCUAUUCGAACAGCACAUCGAGACCGGCGCCUGGUGGAGAAUUUUUUCCCUCCAUCUCUCUUGCCACGGCAGCGCAGUUGGCCAGAUGGCGCCAGGGUGCACACGAGGCCGAAGAGGUGUGCACCUCGGAGCCCAUGGCUCCGCAAGAGGCCAAACACGAGUGCACGCGCUGCGGACAAGAGGACAGCUGGGGCUGGCUGGUGCAGGGAGCCAUGUGCAGGCUGGACAAGCAGUGCAAUCAAAGGCGCGGUGGUGCUGGCCUGGUGCAUGGAGCCAAUACUACAUAUGCAUCUACUUACCGUGAGGUGAUGCGGCACCAAAUUGACAUGGCGGGAAGUCAAGAUUAG